CAUUCUUUUUGCAUCUCCUACACAUGUUUAGUCUGUAUCCUACAUCUUGCUGUACAACGUACCUUUCUUUACACUACCGUUAAGAGAGAUUUGCCUGCAUAUUCUCCCUUCGGUAAGCCCAGGGAUUUGAUCCGACAUGGCCCCCCUCAAUCAGGCCCAGGAUCCUUGCUGACAGCAGUCCUUGGCACAGCCUCAUCGUCCCCUAAUCCCCUAAGCCUCCCCGCCCGUCAAGGAACCCUGCAGAUUGUCCUCCACUCCCUCUUCUUCCAUCUCCUUUGCCCAAUCUUCCUCCUCCUCUUCUUCUUCUUCUUCCUCAAUCUAUACCUCCCCUCCGGUAGCAUGGUGAAUGAGGACCGCAAUGUCGAAAUCACUCCCCUUUUGACCGACAUGGAACGACGACAAGAAGCGGCCGAAAGGCCUGCCGAUGCCCUCCCAAAGAAAACACCACUCGCAACCCCCACCGAACUCCAACAUCCGGACGACACGCUGGACGACGACAGGGACAGAACCCGAGGUGAUCAGCUUGAACUUGAGAACUCCUUUGCUUCGACGCCACGCUUCAUGCAGGACCAGAACGAUAACGAAGGCCAGGGCCCGUCGAAACGGUGGAAAUGGGUCCCCUACCCCAUCCGUCGCUUGUCCAAGGCCGCCUCGCGCUGGGCGAAAGGCCCCCCCCACCCGAAGCAGUGGAAGAUCGAGCCCUUCUUCCCGCGCGUUCAGCAAUCCCCCCUCUGGCUCGUAGACAAGUUCGUCCCCAGGCGGCGUCAGCGCUUCGCCCUCGUCUUUAUCUACCUCGCCGUCUGGAUCGUCACCUUCGCCCUGGUCAAACGAGAGGAGACCUUCGCUUCCGACGUGGCCGGAUGGGGGGAACCGCGCGACAUUGGCUGCGGCGCCACCUACUGGGCUGCCGGGAACCGUUGCGGCCUGCAUGGGAACGACUGCCGGCCCUUCAACGGCAGCGGUUUCGCCUUUCGUUGCGCUGCCAGCUGUCGGGAUCACCGUGUGCUCAACCCCCGCGCUGUGGGAGACCAGGAGAUUAUCUACCAGCCCUUUGUCAUCGGCGGUCCCGGUAGUAACGACGACGACGACGACGACGACGACGACGCCAGUGGUAUGCCCGUGUACAGGGGCGACUCCUUCAUCUGCCCGGCCGCCAUCCACGCCGGCGUCGUGUCCAACACCGAGGGUGGCUGCGGCGUCGUCCGCCUCGUCGGCCAACACGAAGGCUACGUCGGCUCGAGCCGCAACGGCAUCGACAGCAUCUCGUUCGAUUCGCAUUUCCCGCUCUCCUUCACCUUCGAGCCCGACGUGUCCUGCCGCGCGCGCGACAUGCGCUGGGACCUGCUCGCCGUCUCCGUGGUCUUCUCCUCCGUCCUCUCCCUCUUCACCUCGUCUUCCGCCCUCUUCUUCUUCGCCAGCUUCGUCGCCAUCUUCUGGCACGUCGGCAUGGCCUCCGACCAGCCCCAGCACAACUCGAUCCCGGGCCUCGUGUCCACCGUCCUGGGUCGGUUCCUGCCCGCCAUGUUCUGCGCCUGGGUCAUGUACGACAAGAUGGGCGUGCGCCGCACCCUCCGCCGUGGCCUGACGGCCCAGGUCGAGAAGACGGUCCUCUGGCUCGGCGCCUGCUGGGUGGGCGCCCUGACCAAUUACACCCUCGACUUCAUCCCCAUCUCCCGGCUGACCGCCCACGACCUCAACCAGCAGCCCGGCGCCCAAGCCGCCCUCGCCGUCAUCGUCAUCGUCCUCUUCUGCAUCGUCGUCGUCCAAGCCUGGUUCUUCCAGCAAGAGGGUCGUUUUCUGAGCCACCUCCAACUCUACGGCCUCUUCCUCCUCGGCAUCGUCAUCGCCAUCGCCCUGCCCGGCCUCGAGCUGCGCAUCCACCACUACAUCCUCGCCCUGCUCCUGCUGCCGGGCACCAGCAUGCAGACGCGCCCGUCCCUGCUCUACCAGGGCCUGCUCAUCGGCCUCUUCAUCAACGGCAUCGCCCGCUGGGGGUUCGACCCCGUCCUGCAGACCCCCGCCGCCCUGCAGGGGGACGCCCAGCACAACUCGCCCCUGCCCGUCGUCCUGCCGCCCGUCAUCGACCUGGGCCACGCGCUCUGGACCAUCAACCUGACCUGGGCGGCCCCGCAUGCGCCCCGCUACGACGGAAUCAGCGUUCUGGUGAACGACGUGGAGCGGUUCCGCGGCUACUACGACGACGAUGGCGACGACGUGUCGCUGUUGGACCGGCAGCGCAGCUUUGUUUGGACGCGGGACCCGGAGCUCCGUCUCAAUGAGUACUUCCGAUUUGGGUACAUGGAGGGGAGUAGGACGUGGGAUUAUACCCGGGCUGGUGUGUGGAAUGCCGAGGGCGGGUGGGUUGAGAUGCCGCCCGGGCCGAGCAAGGUCCGGGUAAGGAGGGAGGAGGAGGAGGCGGAUGAGCAUCUGGUGCAGAGGAAACGGAGGGUGUAAGGUAGAAGUGGCUAGCGGUGGCUACACAGAGCUUUGUUACAUACCUAAGGUAGACGCUUAGAAUAGAUGUACUAGAAUAUUCGUGCGACUUGCCUAUGGACACUUGUAGACUCUUGGUCUUUAUUUUGCGCGUUUCCCCAUAAGGAACAUGGCAUUCAAUAUAUCAGAGAAUAAGACGCAUAUGUAAGUAUAUAUUCUCGAUCUACCUCAUGUCCCCCCUUUUGACCCCUGGACUUUG